AUGACAGCAACGAGAACGCAAAGCUCGACUUUAUCACGGCGAGCUCCAUUCAUCUGCGCAAGCUGUCGUGCAAAUGCGGCCGUGAAUCCUGCGCCUCGAUCAGCGAUCAGCAAUAGCAGCAGAACACAUAUCACUGCUUCCCGACAUCUACAACAAAAUCACGCAUCCUCACCGACUCCACAAUCCCAACGGGACGCCGUCAUCCCUCAGACGCAUUAUGAUUUUUUCCCUCAGACCUUUCCUGACGGCCCGCCACCUAAAGCGCCCUUCACGCCCGACUUGAAGCAAUUACGCAAGGAGUUCCUCCAAUUGCAAGCCAAAGCGCAUCCCGACCUCGCACCUGCAGAGCAGAAACGGCAAGCUGAGGCGCUCAGCAUGCGCAUCAACGAGGCAUACAAAACACUUCAGGACCCCUUGCGGCGAGCACAAUACCUACUACGCGAGCAGGGUGUAGAUGUCGAGGAUGAGAGCGCCAAAUUGAGCGAGAACGAGUUAUUAAUGGAGGUUAUGGAGGCGCGGGAGGCGAUCGAUGAUGCGCAGUCAGAGGCGGAUCUGGUCGCCCCGAAAGACGAGAACAACGCCAGGAUAGAAGGCAGCGUCAAGAUCUUGGAACAGACAUUUGCGCAAGGCGACUUCGAAGGCGCAGCCAAGGAAGCGAUCAAAUUGCGAUAUUGGAUGAACAUCGAUCAGUCGAUUCAGGGUUGGGAGGAAGGUCAGGGCGGUGGCGCGAUACAUCACUAA